AGAGAGAGAGAGAGACGCUCGCUGGGUUUCGCUGGCAAUGUGACCUUGAGGAAAUCGCGUUGUCCCCGAUGGCUAUGAACGAGAGAGAGAGAAAGAGAGAGGGGUUGUGAGAUGAUACAGUGGUGUUGUAGGGGCGAAGUGUGGGAGGUGGUGGGGCAGGCUGACACCCUCUCAGAUCAAGGCGCUGAAAUGAUUGAAAUAGUGCAUUUUUGUUUCUUCCACCGUUUGUUGUGAUAUUUAGGAAGUUGAUAAAGUCGCGUGGACCUAGUCGUGCUGUGAUGUAACGUCGCGUGGUCGAGCCAGUCCUCCCCAUCCAGACGCAACAACAAGCGACCAGGCCUUAUUCAACCUAUUGUAAUGUCAGCCGCCCUGGCUCUCUGUGCAGUACCUGUGGAGGCAUUGUUGCGAAUAGGUUCAAUUUAGAUUCUUCUGUGAGCGGUGUUCUUUGUUGGUUUUUUUCCGGAUAUUUUCCCAUUGUUCUGUGUGUGUUGGUGCAGUUGUCUUCUAUGUGAACCAGUGGACGUUAGACAAGACGCUACUCCGGGGAAAGAACCGCUCAACUCUGUUCUUGUUUAGAUCAAUGCCUAUUUAUAUUGCAGGAGGCAAGAUCCCCAUCAAACCAAGGCUUUUGAAACUUUGAAAAGCCGAACUGGUUUCUUGUCACCCUAGACGCUCAGGUACUAAACUUGUUGUGUACUAAUUCCGAUAUAGGCGAAGAGCUUUAAAUCCUUGCUAUCCAUAGAUCGCACAGUUUGAUAAACAUUCAUUUCUUCCAAUCCAGCCAGUACGAGCAUCCCCCCUUGGACCAGCAGCUAGUUUAAUGUGGGUCAUGCGCAAGCCGUGUACGGUUUCAACGUGCAAAUGAUUACACAGUAUGUGACGCAGUUAACACGUAAAGGCUUGACGGUAAUGGACUCGUGCUGCAUCAGUGACCAACAGUCCGUGGCAUCGGUUGUUUAUGUGUUGAUAAGUGAAUUGUGGAGACUUCGGGACACUGUCUGCCCUUGAUGUGUACGUGUUGAUGUGCUUGCAAGGGGAAAUAAUGUGUUCGUCCAGCGAGAGGCUAGUGUGUGAGCCAUGGAGGCGAAUGGUGACAUGUGCAGUGAUCAGUUAAAUGACACCUUCAAUCAAAACUUAGAUAACAUUGUGGGCCAAAAAUGUCAUCAUUGUCCGAGUUUCGCCAGCAGGCCAACCGUUUCUGCAGAGCUCGCUGAUUACAGUGAGUUGGAUAUAGAGGGGAGUCACACUGCCUGUCUGGGAGCCACGGAAAUGGCUGCCGCCAUGCUGUCUAGGAAGGAUGACUCUUUGAUGUUUCAGACUCCUGAAUUACGUUUUCUUAGAAGUGCAACCUCAUAUGAACCUAAACAUAAAUUAUGUGACUUUUACCAAUGUCCAGAUCAGUUGGUUGGCUCGAGUCGUGACUUUGAUCACUUUACAGGCAGAUUGCAAAUGGGUACGUCGCUGUAUUCGGUUUCUAACGCCGGGAACAUGUCGCAGGAAGCACAAAAACUUUCUAUGUUGUCUUCCGAUCCAGACGUCUGGACGUCACGGGGUGACUCCUACAGCGACGUGACACCCAAAAAGAAAGGGCGUCGAGCUUCUGCUUCCCCGCUGACCCCGGAGACGUCACUCAGGCCCCAAAGGUCGACAGCAAAGCGAAGACUCUCAGAGGCAUCUUUCUUCCAUGGAAAUAUUGGAGACUCGGAGCACAACACAUUUUCAGCGACGGCUUCGCCUUCCGCCUGGUCCUCGCCAACUCAGUCGGGGUCAAGGAGCAUGAUUUGUUCAGAAGAGUCCAGCGAUGCGUCGGAUACUGUGGCAGUGGUGGUCAGUGGCGAGUCGUCCAAGGAAACUGUGGAGCCAUCAGAAAGUUGGACAGAUGGCCCGUGCACGUCCUCUGACCUGGCCCUAUCCGCCAUGAGUCUUCAGAAGAAGGACAAGCUCUGCCUGGUCUGUGGAGACAAGGCUCUAGGCUACAACUUCAAUGCUGUCUCUUGCGAGUCCUGCAAGGCCUUCUUCAGGCGCAAUGCCCACAAGAAUAUUCGUGGGCGCUGUGAGGGCAAGUGUGAAGUGACAGUGGAGUCCAGAUCUUUCUGCAAGAGGUGCAGGCUAGCCAAGUGUUUCACAGUGGGCAUGAGAAAAGACAUGAUUCUGAAUGAUGAACAAAAGAAACAGCGCAAACAGAAAAUCAUUAUCAAUAAAUUACGAAGACAAGGUCAGCUGCCACCUCAGGAUACUUAUUCUGCAUCUGCUAAGGAUUUGCUUACACCCGUCAGGGCUCUAAUAUCUCGGGAGUCAGAAAAACGACACCCAUGUUUUGACUCCAGCAAGCAUUCAUGUGUUGAAAUCAAGCAAGAGGUGUUGGAUUUAUCUAGCAGUCCUGUUGGAGCAUCCCAGUACCCUUAUUCUAACUUAGACAAGCUGGGGUACCAGAGUGGCAAAAGGACACCGGUGCCGUACUCUCCUGGCUCACCAGAAGUUGUGGUCACUUUUCCUCAGUGGAGAGACAGCAACGAGAGCACAAUAGCAGCCAUAGAGAAGCUGGCCGAUCCCGAUAGGAACCUGAUUCAUGAGGUCCUCAAAGCGAUGGAGGCCUCCUCAUUCCUGGCUCUGUCGCAGACCAGCAUGAAGAUGAUGCCUUCGAACCCAGAGGAGUUUAUCAACAUGGCGGAAUUGUUUGUCCGCAAGGUCAUCAAGGUGGCCAAAAACAUCGCCUCCUUCCGGCAGCUGAAUAAAGAAGAUCAGAUGAGCCUCCUUAAAGGUUCAGUGGUGGACAUCAUGAUGCUGCGCUCAGCUGUGAACUAUGAUCCGUUCACUGAGUCCUGGAGCCUAAACACCAAAGGCUGCAUCAGCCAGGGCUCAUCCCAGGCCCAUGGGGAGAGGAUAAGCGCAGACAUUCUCAAAAUGGGCACACCAGAGACCAAGCAGCUGUUUAUGACAUACAGCAAGUUUAUUAAGUCCCUGAUGUCCACUAUACAUGGGGAUCUUGUAGUACUGAAGGUUUUGAUUCUUAUGUCUUUGUUUUCUGCUGACAGAAUGCCUAUGGUUGACCAUCAUAGAGUCCAGGAGAUCCAGGAGACGUACGGCCGUGUGCUGGAGGAAUACUUAAACCACAAGUUUAAUAACGAGGCCACAUUGUUUGCCCGCAUCAUCAUGAAGCUGACAGACCUACGGAACAUUAACGAAGUCCACUCCAAGAUGUUGCUGCGGAUGAAGGUGGAUGAGUUUGAGCCCCUGCUCUUGGAGAUCUUUGACUUGCCCACGGACAUGGAAGGCGGCUUCCUAGGCAACAACAGAGACGGGGUCAAGUCAGAUGAGGUGUCUUCAUCCUCGUUUACAAGAUCAUCAUCAGCAUCCUGAUAGGAAGUGAGGAGUAUUUCCCCUUCACAGUGAUAUCCUCCACAGUGCAUCCUGUAAAAAACAUUUGUUAGAGGCAGAUGACCUCUUGGCUUUUAGUGACCACACAAAAAAAUUUGAGUUCAACCUUCAUAAAAAAUCUACAUCUAGUAUUCUCUCCUUCCUUGUCACUCGUCUGUUGGCUUGUAUAUUCUUGAAACAUUGGUUGUUUUGUAAAUAGUUUGGUACAUUAUAGAUUUCAUUUUAUUUAUUCUAUACAUUGUUUAUUCAGAUGUUGACUAAUAUGUUUACAUUUACUAUUUAAAGGAAAAAAAAAAAACCAGAAGAAAGAUAAAUUUUUCCCUAAUUUUUAAGGGAUAAGCUUAUACACACUAGUACCAGUUUUGUUUCUAUUUAGUGAACUUUUUGCUUUAUAUUUUUGUUGUGUUAUUGGACUGUUUUUUAUAUAUAAAAUGCUGACACUGGAUUUUUUUUUUAUGUUCGCUAAUUGGCUUGGUAUUUUUAUGUUCACAAUUCAAAUGUUUGUUCACCAGACAGAAGCACUUAUUGAUACAUUUUGUUUAGAAGUACAACUAUGUUGUUGUAAAAAUAAAGGCUAAGGUCAAGGCGCUUUGACUAAUGUAAUUCAUUGUUUACACACACAAAAACUAGAGCUAUGACAUUUGACAACUCUAAUGUAUGCUGGUGGCUCUGAUAUCAUGAGGGUUGAUCUUAUAAGAUGUUAACACUUUUUCUUUAGGCUAGUCUGGCCUAGUCUGGUUUCUAUUUACACUUGACUUGUGGUUUGUUUUGAUGGUGCACAUUAAUGACCCCUCUGAGUGAGCUUAACUCUUUUUUCCUCAUCUUUUUUUUGGUCCAGAAAUGUUUGCUCACACACUAUUUUCACUUUCUGUAGAGUUGAUUGAUUGCUGGACUAAAGUCUAUGAAAAGGUCUUUCAGUAUAUGAAGUUUAUUCCCUGUGAGCUGAACUGAACAAAAGCAAUGAAAGUUUCAAUUCAAAGCCGUUCUUUUUUUUUUUUUCAAUUAUCACUGCCUCUUAGAAAAAAACAUAAUGUUCUGUUGGCAUGUUUAAGAAAUGUUUAAUACAUUGGCUCACUGUAGCUUAAGAUUGUAUAUGGUGUCAUUAGUCAGGUAUAGUGUAUUGCCUUGAAGUGCUGUGGCCCUGUGAUCUUGGCAAUUUAUAAAGAGCCUGCACACAUCUCUAUUUGUUCUUUCCACACAUAAUUCACUUUGUGCCAAAAUUUAGAGUUAGGGUUAUUCAGUUCCCUGUCAUGUGCUCUGAGAUUCUCUGUCUUGGCCCUGGUAGCUUAUUUUGUUUCAUCAUCUAUUGCAGCUUGGACAAUAUUCAUUUGAUUAGCAACUUUAACCACCAUCUAGUGCUAAAGAUUUUCUUUGAAAACUUUUUUUUUAAUCCACUAAAAAUGAAACAGCCCCUAUACUUCUAAACCCUUGCAGUUUAACUUUUUUUUUAAAACCAUUUUUGAAGUCUCGUUAUAAUAUUUGCUCUCUCAAAUGUCUCCGGCUAAAAUGCUAAAAAAAGAAUCUUGUGGUUAACUAUGAAGCUUUUCUAGUAUUAAAAAAAAAUGAAGUGUGGGCAACUUGUAAGGAUUUAUAACCACUGUACUUCUAUUUUAUUCUAAGUUUUUCAUCUGAAUAAGUUCAUGGAUGUAGGUAGAAAGACAUGAACAAUUCUCUUGCCUCCUCACAUUCAUUUGCAAUGGUGACUGGUAACUUCUGUAUGACAGAUGCUUCUACUUUAGUCAAGAAUUAUGAAACUGGUGUGUGUUCUCAGGCCAUGUUACCAGUCUUUAGAAUUGUGUCCAGGAUACUUAACGUCUUAUGUUUACUGUUGUAUGUUUCUUUGGUACUAUCAUUGUACUGGAUGUCUUGAGCUAGUCUAUCUUAGAACAGUAUGGGGAUUGAUCUCCCCUGGAUCUCUCAGCAUCCUCCUCCCAUGGUUGUCCAAAGAUGUGCAACAGUCAUCCUCCCAUGGUUGUCAAAAGAUGUGCAACAGUCAUCCUCCCAUGGUCGUCAAAAGAUGUGCAAGUCAUCCUCCCAUGGUUGUCAAAAGAUGUGCAACAGUCAUCCUCCCAUGGUCGUCAAAAGAUGUGCAAGUCUUCCUCCAAUGGUUGUCGAAUGAUGUGUGGUUGUAUGCCAGCUGACUUUCUGUUUACUUUUGUUCUUCUCAAGGUUUGCCUUCUAACAAUAUCCAUUAGUGGCCUUACAGUUGUUGAUUUGAAACAAACAAAAACACAAACUUUAGCUUUUUGUCUGCGAGAUGAAUCCACUAAAAGAUAAGAACCUUUACUUUAAAACACAUGUUUGCAUUUCUUUAUAUGAAUAGUUCUUCAAAUGAAACUUUAACACUUUUACCAUUUAUCAAAAGGUUUUUUGGGUUCGCAAAUUUUGCAAUUGUCACUGCAUAAGCUUGUUAACCCUGUACCCAAACUCCUGUCUGCCCAUGUGCACUCAGUCUUGCCACUUUGUGUGAUAGACAUGGAGGGAACUACUUGUUGCAGUAGAAGUUUGUCCCUCACAUUUUGGGGUCAAGUGUGAUGUCCCACUCUAAUCAUGUGCCAUACUGUUACUAGCUGAGGUGUUGACUGUGUACGCUAAGCUCAUUCCAUUGCCACUGCCUCACCACUUUGUGAUAUUGUCAACACUGUUCUAGCUAGAGCCUUUUCUUGGUUGCUUAUCUAUGUCAUCCUACAUGCUGUUGUUACAGACACAAAGGUGGUGUUCUGGUCACUUUCUCAGAAUUAGUACUGGGAAUUUUUCACUAAACCUGUUGUUUUUUUUUCCCAGGGAAACAUUUCAUUCUUUUUUAGUUGGCAAGCUCUAUAUGUAUUAAAUACUGUUUGGGGAGGAGCGGGGGGAAUGAGUCUAUGUUGUGGAAAUAUUUAGGUUUUUUUUUUUUUCUAAAAUAGAGAUGUUAUAAUUUGUUUGUAUUGGUCUUUAAAUGUCUGUAAAAAGUUUUGGUUAUAUACUGUUAUAUAACAGGUUACUUCCUGUAGACUUCAUCUUCACAUCUUGUAGAACAGUCAGAUAUUAGUUUAGUUUCAAUGUGAGGUUAUUUGCUAUUUAAGUGUGGAUUGGAGACAAUGCAUUAUAACUUUAUUGUAGUCUAUAUAGACUGUUCUUGUUUUAGUGACUGAUGGAACUUGUUACUACUACACUUGGUACCACUCACAUUCUCUCUAGAGCAUACUUUCUUCUUUGUGAUUUCUUUGGCUCUUGUCACCAAUAAGUGCUGGCAUUCAAACAUGUUACAUUUUGUUUUCUGAUAAAGAUCUAUUUAUGUUUAUGAAGUGAUGUUUACACAGUUUAUUGUACACUUGUUCACAUUACCUUGUGAUAUUUGAUUCAUAUGUAAGUGCAUUUUAUCUUCUGCAUGCUUAUGUAGUUUAAUCUGGGUGUGUGUGCACACUUGCGGCUCUUUCAUGUCUUGCACACUUGGUGAAAAGGCUCCUGGCCCUUUGCAGGGUUUCUGCGGCCUCCUGAAAUUCCAGGAUGUCCAGGAAAGCUCCUCUGGAAUUUCAAAGAACUCAAAAAAGUCCUGGAAAACUCCUGGAAUAUUAAAAUAUCUCCUUGAAUGUCCUGGAAUUUCACAGAUCGAAAAAGAAAAAGCUCCAUUAUAUAAGAAGAUGGGCAGCGGAAAUAAAUAUCUAAAUGCCUUAGGGUUGCCAGCUCCUGAUUUUUUCUCCCGAAGCCUUUGCCAUGAUUGAUUAUAGCAGCAAGGCAGCAGAUGUUUGAAUUCAGAGUUUUCCUUCUCCUAGGAGGGUAGCCAGCUAACGAGUCUCUCCUGUCCAAAGCUUAUGGUUUAGGUGCCAAUUCCCCCCCCCCCUCACUCCUUCUCCUGUUAUUAAACAGUUCCACCAGACUGCAUAUCUGAGUUACAUCCAGGAGUUGGACUGAGUGUCAGAGGCUAUUUGAGGGGCAUUUUAUAAGCAGUGGAGUGCUUAUAUCAAUUACCACUUCUGGCAAUGGCAACCUAAAUUACGCCAACAUUGGCUAUUGUAUUUUUUGCACAAAUUUAUGUCCUGGAAUUUUAUUUCUCCUGGAAAACUCCUGGAAUUUCAUAUUGACUUUGGUGCAGAAACCCUGCAUGGCACAUCUUUCAAACUUUGGUUUAGUGCAAGAGUUUGUGGUCAUGCACAUUGGAUGACAGAUUUGCACCUAUGUGCUAUGCUCAUUUAUGCUUGAUGUCAUGAUCAGUUUGCAGUGCAGUUUUUGCUCCAAAGUCAAAGUGCUGGACUCACUUGAAGCUGUGCACUUUCUCACUUGAAGCUGACUGGAUGAUAUUUCUUUGCAUUCAAUUUGUUGCUGUUAUUAAUUAUUAUGAUUUAAAUGUUAUCUUGACCAUCACAAAAGUCACUUCACUUGAUAGAUGUUACUGUUACAUUACUGGUGUGCAUACAUGUCACUAUUUGCUCAAUGUGUUACAUAGUAACCUAGUGUAUAUAUAUAUACAUUUCUAUUUGAAUCCUACCUGAGGGCUACACAUAAGAAUAGUUUCUUUUUGUUUACAUUAUUGUUUGUUGUUUCAUCCUAGAUCAUGUACGUCUUUGACAUGGCCAGUUCAAGGUUUGGAUCAUGUACGUCCUUGACAUGGCCAGUUAAAAGGUUUGGAUCAACCAUUGAAGAUUGAACCCAGCCUUGGCUUGUCCUAUAGGUCUGAGCAGUGAGACCCAUAGUGCUGCUAGCUUGAGCUUCUUUGACAGGCUAAAGGUUAUACUUUAGGGAUUUAAUAUUGGCCUGCUACAUUAGGAAAUGGGAUGGCUUCCUCAAAAAACUGUUGGCCAUCUGGACCCUAGACCUUUGGAAUUAUAAACAGUCUUAUGUACAUGAACAUAUUUAUAUAUACCAAUGACAUUAUAGCACUAGUUUUGUUGUUGUAUUUUUGUGUAGAGAAUACUGUUGUUGUACUAUCAGUGCAGUAAGAAUGAAAUAUUGAGGAGGUGAUGGCCAAAUAAUAAAUCACUGCACUCAAUGAUCCUCAAAUACCAAGCAAGCCAUGUAUAUGAACUUUGACCCUUCACCUUUAGUGAUCAGAUAUUUUUCCUGGCAAGAGUGAUCUUUCCAUUUGUAGCUACAUAUUUGGUUUUAGAUGCCAACUUCAUUAUGCCAAAUUCAUCAUAUUGUAAGUUCCAGUUAUUUUGAAGUAGUCUUUUUUUUUUCCAUCAAAGUCCUGGCUAAGCUUUGUGACAUUUACAAUUGUUUUUUUUUUUAAUUCUUGCUAUUUCAAACAAAUUGAGAUUGUUCCCUGAAGUCUUACAUGAGUCAUUUGCUGUCUACCUCUUAUGUCAUUGAUACUUGAUUAGAGUUGAGGUUAUUGAUCAGUGUGGUUCUAUCUCCCUUUAUUAUUGUCCUUUCUAAUCAGCAUUGGGAACAUACAUUUGAAUUUGUGAUGAGAUGGAACAUUGUCACUUGUCAAGCUUCUAUCUCAACAUAUCCAUAUUGGACUAAAUGGACAAAUUAGACUACAUAUCAUUUAUUUACAUUUCUCUUUAUGUUACUGAAGCUCAGGUUCCUAGCAUCUCAAUUGAUUUUGUUUAAUAUACUCAGACAUAACUUCCCCUUCCAGACAUUAAAUUUUUUGUUUUUUGUUUUUUGUAUUGUUUUUUUUUUAUAUAUAUAAUUUGUUUUUUACUUUAAAAAAAAAAGGAAACUUUGUGUUUCUAGUGUUUAAGAAAACCAGUCAGUGAAUGUGCUUUCAUUUUUAGAAAGCUUUCCAGUGCACGCCAUAUGAAGGUUUUCUUUCAAGCAAUAGAGUACAUCUGAGGGCACGACAUGGCCUAAAUUGUGCCGAUGGUCCAAAAACUCAAAACUCAAAAAAACUCAAACAUCUGAACAGAGCAGUCAGUGUGGGCCCAUAAUGAACAUAAAUAUGUAGCUUUUAAAUGUUCUUUUUCUCAAAAUGGCCUUUUUUUUUAACUAAUCGACUUUUUUUGUCCAACGCAACAUUGUCCUUGUGAUGCUUAAAUCCACUAAUGUCCAUCAAAUUGAAAAUUCAGGAAAUUAAACUAUCUUCUUUUCCCUCGUAGGUUAUAUCCCAGUGUUUCUAAAUAUACAGAUCGGGAGUUUAAAAUAUUUUGUAACUUAGUCAUUAUCAUUGCAUGACCUUUGAAAGUCUUUAGAAACUGGUUGUUGAAAUAUAAAAAAGAAGAAACUUUGAAGUCCAUGGCGGGAGUUAAAUAUAAAGGAAGAUGGAGGGAGCAUGAAGAAAGGGUCAAGAAAAGAUGGCUGGACAACAUAAAAGAAUGGACCUGCCUCUUAUUUUGAUAUCCUGCUAAGGUCAGCUGCUGACCAGGAAAACUGGAGGGUUGUUGAACUUCAUUGAAUGGGAAGCGUUACAGCCACUGAGGAAAGGGAUGGUCUGAGUUUUGUCUUGCUGACUAACACUUCUUGUGUAGCAUCAUACUUUGCCUAUUUAAAAUCAUUCAUCAUCUGUGUAACAUCAUAGAUCAUCUAUGUAACAUCUGUUGUGUUAGCAAAUGUUUUAGAGAGGCGAAAAUCAAUAUAUUCAUUCUCUUCUUGCAAUGGAAAUAAUUUAAUGCUGCUAUUAAAAACUUGAAUGAAGAAAGAUAACAAACCAGAUAAAGUUGUUAUUUUUAAUACAUAACUUGCAUAGCUUUAUUAUGCUAUUUUUAAGUUUGUAUUAUUUUUUACUGGAGUAUUUUUUUGAAAAAUCAUAUUUGAAAGCAUAUAAUUGUAAUGUUUAAAACACAUUAAGUUAGGAGUAUAUUUUUUGUUUAAUGCUUGACUGUUUAACUUUUUCGUUUCAGAUAUUUGAUGACAUUCCCUCUGAAACCAUUUUUUUAGUUUGUUUUGGUAUCAUUCUAUGAUGUUUCACAUUGUGCUUUGAAAUGACAAUUUUGGUACAAACUCUCUUGUUCAAGUUUGUAUUAGAUGAUAGAGCUUCAGAGAAGACAAAAAAUGUGAUCCCAGCCAUAUAUUUUUCAAAUCAUUGAAACAACUAUUUGACUGUUGUGCUGUAAUUAGUUUAAUCCUAAAACUGUCGGUGUGUGUGUGUGUGUGUUAACGAGCAGUGGUUCCCAGCUAAUUUUUUAUUUAUUUUGUUACUUUCCCUAAGUCCGCUAAGUCCACACUAAUGUGUGUUUGAAAUGGACUCUUAGCAGAGAAUAAGUAUCCACAAUACAGUAGAAUCUGGUUAAUUAGACCACCAGUUAAUCGGACCUAUGACUUAUUGGACCGAAUUCUUAAGUACUGUAACAAAUCCUAUUAUGCAAUCGAAUCUGGUUAAUCAGACUAGCAGGUUAUUAGGAUCAAAAUGAUACCUCCCCUUGUGUUCUGAUUCACUGGAUUCAACUGAUUUAGAAUCAUGACUUGUGGUUUACGAACUUCUGAUAAGUUUCAAAUUCUGAAAUUCUUGUGAUGGCUCUAUCUCAGGUUCUCCCUAUGUUAUUUUCCAAGAUUUAUUUUCUAAGAGGCUAAUGAAGCUCUAUGUUUAGGAACCACUUACAAAGAUGUGUGUAUUUAUUUCUAUCCCACAAUUAGUUUCAUUUUGUCAAUGAUUUGACUUUCAAUGUAGUUCCACUAUUUGUUUGUCGUUGUCAUUGAGUGAACAGUGUGAAUAAAAACACUUUGUAUUGGAAAGAUGUGACUAACUCCAUAGUUCCUGUCAUUUGUUCAACAUGAAGAUAUGUGUAAAUAAAGUUCUAUUGCUCACUGUAA